AGUUUCUUCCAUGACCUAUUUUCUAGGUCGAUUGGCAAGUCGAGCUCGUCUCGACCUCCAAAAUUCCAAAUCGACCUUUCGGAAGCUCGAUACUCCCUUUUCACGAUAUCUUCACGCUAUGACGCGGGCAACUUGGGUGGCAUAGUGUGUACAGAUGGGCGUACCAUACUUGUAGGAUCUAGACAGGGACUACCAUUCUCUACACGUCUGAUGGUCAAAUCCCGAAAUGGUCCACUUCGGCCAGUCCACUGCGGCUGCUAAGCGUUCCGAUUGUACGCUGCACCACCCACACCUCUCAAUAGAGACCUUUGCGGAUCAAAAGACUCGACAAUGGUUCCACAGUUUCAUCCCGUAUAUAUUCAGCCGACCUCCUCUCGUGACAGUCUAUCAGAGCUUUACUUUCUCCAAAUCACUAGACUCGUAUUGCAUUAUGUGUAAAUUUGUAGUCCCCAUUCGUACUUGCUCAAAGUGCCACCAAAACGAACCGCUUUUUGACGAAAAGGAAAGGCGGCUGUCGCAUGUCAAUGAAAAGAAUGAGCGAAAGCCAACAUAUAUAGCACCCCCUCAAGACUGCUAUUCGCGGUGGUGUGUCUUCAGCAGUGAACACCCUAUCACUUGCAGCUCCUGUCGGAUCACUUGUAAACGAACACAUGGCAAAACACGGAAGAUUCGGGGUGGCUCACCUUCGUAUGUUUGCCACAGCUGUAUCUCAUGCCCUCAGCACCAUUGCGCAUGUCAGCCGCCUCGUGGCAUGGGCAAUAGCGUGCUUCGUCCACGGGAGAUUGGUUGGUUUGCUGGGUUAAUAAGAUCUCCCGCAAAAUAACAUCCGGCACAUGGCGUUCCUAUAUAUAUUUAGAACCCAUUGCGAAAUACUAAAUCAUUCACACAACGUUGCUUUCAGACUAACGUUUUUACUCACCGGCAAUUGACCACUUGGCAGGGUUUGAGGGGCCAAUGACGUGCU